AUGGCAGCCCAGUCCGCCCGGCAGAAAGCCACGUACGGAAACGUCAACGCUGCCGCCGGCACCGUAUCUCCCAUCCCCCUACUUGACCCACGCCGCACAUUUAUCGCAGCAUUGGUUCUCGCGAGCAAGUUCUCGCAGAACAAAUCCUAUUCGAACCAUGCGUGGACCAAGCUAGCAGGACUUCCACCGCGCGAGAUUGGCCGUUGCGAGCGUGCGCUCGGCUACGCUUUGGGCUGGCGCUUAUGGGUCGGCAAGGCCUCGGCGCAGAUCCAGCAGCAACGCCCGCUCAGUCGCGCCACGACCGAGCCGGAUCUCAGCGCCAUGGCAGGCAUCGGCUCAGGCGCCGAUGACGCUAAUGCCCAUGCCGACGCUGAUCGCGAACCCGGUACCGGUGCGCGCGCUUGUGCCCGGCCUCAGCAUGCCAUCAAUGUCGAUGAUGAGCUUGGCGAGCAUGGCGUCCCCCGCUGGCGUGCGGACGUCCGGCCUGAGUGUCAGUCCGAGCGCGAGCGAACCCAGCGAGGGCUGCGUCACUGCGUCAGCACGCCGCGUUCGACGCCGGGUCUUGCGCCGCCGCCGUACGGCUACGCCAUCUCGAAGGAGGAUCUUGCAUUGCGCGAUUGGCCCUCCUCCCAAUGGGGUAUACCUUACUAG